CUCUUGUUUCUCUGGUCCUUCCAAUGCAUGUUGAUUCUUAUUCUUUUUUCAAAGUGAAUGUCUUAUUAUUGCCUGUUCCACAUUUCAAGAAAAUAAAGUCACUAAUUCAGUAGCUUGUGGAGGUGAGUGACAAAGAGAAAAUGUUCAAGUUACAGAAGCAGAACAAUAAGCUGGCCAAAUCAGGAGAAAGGGUUGAUUUCAGAUUCUCCAAUUUCCAAGCACUUCAGGUACCAAAAGGAUGGGACAGGCUUUAUCUGUCUAUAAUCUGUGUAGAAACUGGAAAAACAAUAGCAAAGUUAGGCAAAACACUUGUGAAAAAUGGAAGCUGUCAAUGGCCAGAGACGCUUUUGGAAUCGGUCUGGAUUUCAGAAGAUGAUUCUUCUCUAGAGCUUGAAGAAUCUCUCUACAAGUUUGUUGUUUCAAUGGGUUCUGCUAGAUCUGGUAUACUUGGAGAGGGAACCAUUAAUUUGGCAUCAUAUGUUGGUUCAAGAAUGUCUUCUCCUGUUUUGCUUCCUUUAAAGAAAUGUAAUCAGGGUACAACACUACAGGCAAGUGUUACGAUUGUUAAGUCUUUGAUUUAUUGCUGGAAAAUUACACUGUUUAGCUAG